CUGCAAUAUGGCUACCUCAUGAAUAGAGGAUGGUGGUGCUUCGUGGCACACCUUAAGUGACUGUUUUUACAUAAAAUUUAUCAACUAAAAAUAUUAUUUAAUUGAAAACCAUUGAAAAUGAUGCAAUUUAUGCUAUUAUUCAGCCGUCAAGGAAAAUUGCGUUUACAAAAAUGGUACGUUGCACACCCAGACAAACUGAAAAAGAAGAUAACUCGAGAACUAAUCACAACGAUUCUCGCUCGAAAGCCAAAGAUGUCGAGUUUCCUUGAGUGGAAAGAUGUCAAGGUCGUUUACAAAAGGUAUGCAAGUUUAUAUUUUUGCUGUGCAAUAGAGCAAAAUGACAAUGAAUUGCUGACCCUUGAAAUUAUUCAUCGUUACGUGGAAUUGUUAGACAAAUAUUUUGGCAGUGUGUGUGAGUUGGACAUAAUUUUCAAUUUUGAAAAAGCAUAUUUCAUACUUGAUGAGCUUCUUGUGGGAGGAGAAAUCCAAGAAACUAGCAAAAAGAAUGUUCUGAAAGCUAUUGCAGCCCAGGAUCUUUUGCAGGAGGACGAGGCCGUGGAAGGUGCGCUGCGAGAAAUAGGGCUUUUAUAGGCAAACAGCUCGGGCGAAACUAAAGCAAAACUGUAGUCAUAGCCAGAACGUUCCAAUGGAUCUCUCCCCGCAGCACGUGCCACUCAAUUAAAAAAUAAAGCUAGAAGAGUCCUCAACGCUUUUGUCGUCGUCGCCGCAGCCGCCGCCGCCGCCGCCACCGCCGCCGCCGUCGUCGCCUCAUUUAUUCAGGAAUUGUGCACUUUGUAUCGCGUUCUCGGGCUGUUUGAACAGCCGAGAUAGAGCAACUUGUAAUGUUCAAUAUUUAACGUCAGACUGACAGCCCCGGGGAAACAGAUAUUCUCUGUUUAUUGAUUGUACGUGAAUUCCGCGGCAGCGAGUCGAUGUAUUGCUCAGUUUUUCAUCUCGCUGACAUAACUUUAUAUGCGAGAAAUGUGUCAAUAACUUUUUUUCCUUGUUGCCUACGUCUCAUUCGAAAUUGUGCGUUUCUUUUUCAAUGUUCACAGCUGGACGUCGACCGCUUGUCUUUUGAUAAAAUUUAUGCGAAUUUAAUGUAAAAUCUUUUGAUGUGGCUUUGCGAUAUGGUAACGCUUUUUUAGACCUUUCCUUUUUAUUUAACUCUUGAAAUUGUUUAUGUACAAUUAGCUUCUACGUAUCUUUUGUAAAACGAUAUGUCAAUACAUAAAUAUUAAUUUUUUUCGGUUCAAUUUUAAUUCACUCGUAGCGAGAACAAUACUGGUUUCAUCAUUGACAUACCAUUUUAAGAAAACGCCACGUGAAUUUUUAAAGAAAACAAUGGUUACGAUAAAAAAUGUUUUUGAUAAGACUGGACAUUUUCAUUACCGCAAACUUGCCAUAUUUUUGUACUAAUGUUCGUUGAAAACUAUUUAUAACCCGAAAAUACAUAGCAUUUCGACAAAGGAAAAAUGAAGAAGAAAAGAAAUUAAGAAUGAUGUAUGGAAAGCGAAAAAUAAAAAUCAGUAAUAUAUUUUGUUAACCUAGUUAUGUAUGAAUCCACUUAGAGAACGUAGAUUUUAGUGAGUGAGCCAUGGUAGGUCUAACGCGAAGUUUGUAUGUAAUCUACGGCAAUAAUUGUAACUUGACGCAACGACGAAUCAUGUAGAUGUAGAUUCAGGAGAUGAGAGAAACAUAAUAAAAAUUAAUUAACCCAUGUGAAUUGUGAAAUCGCACCUGCGCUCUUACAGCAAUUUGUGUCAAUUGUCAUUGUGACUGCACUUUAGAAUAAUAAACAUAUGAACACGAACACACAAACACCUCUCAAACAAUCAGUUAAAUAAAGCAAUCUUCUAGAAAGU